UGUAAUAUUAUCUAUAGUUCUAAUGUGAUCCAUCUGGAACGAGGAGCACAUAUAAGAAGUGAAAUAGCAGCAGCAUUUAUUUACUACUCAUAGGCUUCCAAGGGUAUAUUCCAUGCUGCAGAACCCAUCCACCCAUGCCUUUCAUGUAAAGGAACUGACAUGACGCUGAUGUUAUUUCUGCUUAUUGUGAGCCAAGCUACUGCUGCACCCAGACCUUCGGAAAGUGAAUCAUGCUUGUUAGACAUCUCCGAACUCCAGCGCAAGAUUAAAGGUCUACAGAAUCAGUUACUGAUCGGAGAGUGGCAGAUGAAGGAACUCAGAGAAAACAGCUGGAUGUACAGUCGGGUGCUUUCACAAAAUUCAACCAAGGAAAUAAAUGAACACAUAACGCUUCUGCCAACCACCAGUGGGAACCUCAUUGUCUAUGACCAUGAUUGCUCUAUGUUGUAUGACAGACAGAAGGCUCCAAGUGGGUACUAUCGCAUCAAGCCCAAGACUGCUGCUGAGCCUUUUCUUGUGUACUGCGACAUGGAGGAUGGGGGCGGGUGGACUAUACUGCAACGGAGGAGAAAUGGAGGUGUGGAUUUUAACAGAGGGUGGAGUGAUUACAAAGAUGGGUUUGGCCAUUUUAAAAUGAAGAACGAUGAGUAUUGGCUGGGCAAUGAACACAUGUAUACACUUCUCUUGAGUGAGAGCAGUUUGAUGAAGAUAGAGCUGAUGGACUGGACAGGGGCAGAGGCUCACGCAUUCUAUGAAAACUUCAGAAUUGCUGCUGAAAAGGAUAACUACAGGCUGCAGUUUGGCCUCUACAGUGGAACUGCUGGUGACGCACUGUCGGGUGGAGGCAACGUGGAACAGCAAUGGUCUGCAUCACACAACAGCAUGCAGUUCAGCACCCCUGACGCAGACCACGACAGAUUCAUACAGGGCAACUGUGCCAAAGAGAACAAAGGAGGCUGGUGGUUUAACAGGUGUCAUGCAGCCAACCUUAAUGGGAAGUACUACAAGAGAGGGGAAUACAAAGCCAAACACGACAACGGGGUCCUCUGGUUCACCUGGCGGGGGUGGUGGCACUCCCUGAAAUUCACAACCAUGAAGGUCAGGCCUCCGUACUUCAUGGACAGUCUGGGGAGUGGAGACGGGGGCCCAAUCUAG